AUGACUUGGAAUUUAAGCGAUCGUGGUAAAACUUUUCGAGAAGCUCAGUUUCGACGGUGUCGGCGAUCAAGAGCGGCCAGCACAAUGGCAAGGCGAUCCGAAUAUGACGAUCCCAACGAAAUCGUCCGUAUGGCUCGAUUGGCUGUUAAGGAAGCCAAUAUGCGGGCAAUGCGUAUGCAAGGUCAAACCACCCAACAAUUAAUGCAGCGUGUCAAGGAUUUGAAAUAUUGGAGCGGCGAGAUUGAUAGGGAGCUUGCGGAUGUCAAAGAGGAGCAUGACGAUCUGCUCCGAUGCUACAAAAGACUUCAAUUAUGUUUGGAUAUAACUGGACGGGCGGCAAGAUGCAAUGAGAGCUGCUUAGCAGUUCGCCGAAAGAAAGUUCAAGUUGGAGAUCACACCUCAGAUCGUGUAGACCUUGAGCUUCAUAAGGAGAAAGAGCUAAUGAAUGAUUGUGUUCGUCAAAUGAAAGAAAUUGGGGGCAGGGUUGAAAGACAGCUCGAGGUCAAUCAAGCAGCUCGCAAAAACUUGAUGCGAGAUCUCACAUUGAAACAAGAAGCGAUUAGCUUAGAUCAUAGAAGUGUCGCGAUGGGUGUCGACGGAAAGGAGAAGAACAUCAGAACUCCUGAUGGCGAUCGGCUCGAUUUUCGCGAGGGCGCCCCUCUUCAACGAAUGAGCGAAUAUUCUGAAUGGAUUGAGAACACUGGCAACAAUUUGAACUACGCCGCUCGUGCUCGUGUUCAUAGUCGUAAAAUUGGACAGAAGCUUUCCCAAUCGGUUCGCGAAAUGGCGCAGCAAUUGAGAACCGAGGCGAUCGCCGUCGAGGCACUUCUCAAGGAUUCGGUGCGCAAUUGGCAAGAAUGGCGAGAUAAUCUUCAAUCGCAAGUUAAUGCAAAGGACAAAGAGAUUAAAGGAGCAGACGGGGCAAUUGAGGAAAUCAAUUUCAGCUUGCGCCAGAAAAGUGGCCCGCUCCAGGUGGCCCUUUCUCGUCAAAACCAGCGUGGACUACGUCCAGGAAUCGAAUUAUGCAAUGACAAGGCUCAACAUGCUCUUCAUCAAGAGCUCAUGAUGCUCAAGAGCACAUUCUUGAGUCUUGAAAACCAGCUUGACAAGGCGAAAGAAAGCCGAAAAAAAUUGGAUAAUGAUCGAGACAAACUUCAAAGAAAAUUGGAGAUUUGCGACCACAACCUUACAAUUGAUAAUGAGAUUUUGAGACAAAUUCGCACCAGCUAUCCGCACGAGAUUCAGCUUUCCGGAUUUUUGCUCAGCGAGACCAAGGAGCACAGAUAA